GUGCCACAGCCGCAGUAGCGGACCGACGAGCGUACGCGCAGCUCGCCACGAGUUUUGCGUCGGCGUCGUGCGUGCUUUCAAAUACAACCUUCGUUCAGUGCGGCAUUUGUUACCUCCGCAAAGUGCAUACCUUUCUACAAAAUGAAGUUCCACAUCAAAGUAUUUGAUUUCGUGCCAGCGCGAUUCAACAUCGCCAUGAUGAUGUUCUUCGCGUGCUGGGUCAACUACAUGAUGCGUGUCAACAUGAGCGUCAACAUCAUCGCCAUGGUGCCUGAUGACAAAAACUCUACAUCAGUGAAGUCAGAAUGCGAAGCCAUAGUGACGGACGACAGCGCGCUGCUGGACAAUAUGAGUUCAACAAUGAUCACCAAGCGGCAGCUCCGCCAGCCAGACGGCGUGAUAACAUUUGAUUGGACGGCGCAGCAACAGGCUUAUGUAUUAUCGGGCUACUUUUGGGGAUACGCCAUUACUUGUUUGGUGGGAGGGACUGCGGCAGAGCUAUGGGGCCCCAGGAAAGUGGUGUUCCUCACAAUGCUACUCAGCGCCCUCCUGACUACGCUGACCCCUCAAGCUGCAAGACUGCACUACCUGGUGCUGGUUGCAACUAGAUUCGUCAUGGGACUAGCCGCAGGUUUCCUGUUUCCCGCCCUCCACGCCCUAGUGGCGCACUGGGCGCCGCCUGCGGAGAAGGGCAAGUUUGUGAGCGCGCUGCUGGGCGGCGCGAUUGGCACAGUGGUCACUUGGUCGCUCACUGGACCUCUUAUCGAGAAUUUCGGCUGGGAUUACGCUUUUUAUAUUCCAGGAGCCAUUGCUUUCGUUUGGUGUGUGGCGUGGUGGGCGCUAGUGUAUGACUCGCCCGUCCAGCACCCCCGCAUAUCCGACAAGGAAAAGAAGUACAUACUUGAAGCCAUCGGCGACAAAGUGCAGCAAAAAUCACAUAAUAAGGUCGUGCCCCCAUUCAAGAGCAUUCUCACCUCAUUCCCGUUCCUGGCGAUGGUUGUUCUCCACUACGGGAGCAACUGGGGCCUCUACUUCGUAAUGACCGCGGCACCCAAGUUUGUGUCGAGCGCGCUGGGCUUCAACCUGACGUCCACUGGCACAUUAGCGUCGCUGCCAUAUCUCGCUAGAAUGAUCUUCUCAUUGGUUUUUGGAGCUAUCGGUGACAGAAUCGUGAAACAGAACGUAGUAUCCACAACGUUUAUGAGGAAGUUCUUCUGCCUGUUUUCCCAUGUGCUGCCAGGGCUCCUACUCAUCGGCCUUGGCUACACUGGCUGUGCGCCCGUCCUCUCUGUCGCACUCAUCACCUUCUCCAUGGGCUCGAACGGGGCAGCAACACUCACAAACCUGGUGAACCACCAGGACUUGGCUCCGAAUUUUGCAGGAACGUUGUAUGGAAUUGCGAACGGAAUCGGAAAUACGGCUGGAUUCGUAACGCCACUCGUCACAGCGCAUUUCACUAAGAGCGGGAAUGGCUUCUCGGAAUGGCGACCGGUGUUCAUGACCGGAGCAUCGCUUUACAUCGCUUCGGCACUUUACUUCAUCUUGUUUGGAACGGGAGAAACGCAGGAAUGGAAUUAUGUGCCUGUAGUUGAAGAGGUCGAGAGAGAUAAAAGGCCGAGCGCGAAUUCAACUGACACCACCGUUACGAUCCCUGUUAAAUCGUAGAUUAUAGUUAAGAAUAAGUAAUGACUUUCAAAGUGAUGUAAUGUAUUCGUAAGGAGAAUAUGUCUGUAACUGUUACUGUCUACAGAGCAGAUGACAAAAAAUUAUAUAAUCUGAGGAUACUCUAGGGGACAGCAAAAGAGUAUGUAUUUUGUACUACCGCCUCUGAGCUGCAUGUUAAACUUAGUUUAAUUUACAAGAGCUUUCGCUGUGUGUCAACGAAAGUACUUAUUGAUACUAGGUAGUUAUAUUUCGUUCGAGCUCCUAUUAUUAACUUGGAAACGUAAAGAACUUGUCGAACAAAAAUACUUGUCUCAGAUAAUUGUAAGUAUACAUACAUUUAACUGGAGCGAUAUGUUGAAUCUAAUAAUUAUGUGACAGAGGUAUCUGCUUAGUUUAUUUGACUAGAUAGGUACUGGUACUGUAAUUUUUUUGUUGUCAGGUCUCAUUAAAAACAGUUAAGAACAAGAUUGUGAAAAUUCGAUUCUGAAAGGAGAAAAUUUGAGAUAAUAUGGGGAUGAUUUUAGAAUAUAUCAUUGGCUUCGUUUACAUGUUGAGAAUAUUUAUGCUAAUGCGUAAGCAAAUAGAUAAUUAAGUACUUAACUAAACUUAUUUUUUUAAGAGAACUAUUAGACUUUGUUAAUUUUAUACCUAUAUACGGUGGGUAAGACGACUUCUAUUAAAUAAACAGCAUGUCAAGCAGUGUUGGGUUCCGUAGUUAAGUUACCCGUCCUUCAUAAUAAGCUGCCUUGAACAGGGGCUGUUAGUAACUAUCAUGUAGGUAAAUUACAAGCAAAAGGGACUACUUACGCUGUGUACUUAAGUAUUUCUCAACACAGGCCUUGUACGCCUAAAGAGAGGCCCCAGCAAAUGUUUACUUUAAUGUCUGUAAAUAGAUGAUAUAGAAUAAAAAAUAUAUUGUAAUUUUUUCUAAGAAAGGAGACUUUUUACGAUAGCUCAAAAUGGCUUAACCGAUCAUGUUUACUAUAGUUUACAGUGUUUAUUUCACGAUUUUGCUCAAAUUUGUUAGACCCAUGGUUCAAAAGUUAGAGGUGGGGGAGACGUUUUUUUCUGUCUUAGCGAUUAUUUUCGCAAAUAUUUACUUAUCAAUAGGGAAGGUACCCCAAAAAUUUGUUCUUGUUUUUGUUUUUCCACUUUCCACGCCAAGCUGCAGCUAUAUAUAUAGCAAUAACAGUCAUGGAGCUCUGAACAAAGUCGGACUGACAGACAGACGGACCUGGGGAAACUAUGAGGGUUCCAAGUUGACUACGGAACCCUAAUGAUGAGCUAGCUGCUUUGGUCUGAGUUAUGUGGCUCAAGCAUACCUACUAAUGUAAGCUGGUAAGCUGGCAUUUUAUGUUAAAUUAUGAUUUUAUGAUUGUGGAAAUAUUAAUACGACUGUGAUGAAUUAAGCUUGCACUUAAAUGUAAAUUAUUUUUAUAAUAAAUAUUAUUGACUAUAA